AUGUCUCCUGUUGAUCCACCAACUCGUUGGGAACGACUAGUAACAUUUUAUCAGAUCAUACGUGCUCGAGGUUUCAAUUUCCUUUCUAAGUAUAUUGAUAUAGAGGAGUAUUAUAAGUCAGAUUAUCUUGACAUUGUAAGAAAAGUUACACUUGCAUCCAUUCCAUUUCAACUAAUUCUAGGAAUAAUCUCAUUAUGUUGGCUUGGAUGGAAUCAGUUAAUUGGAGGAAUAGCUAUUGUUUCUUCAGUAAUAACAUAUGUCAUUGAAAAACCAGUUCAGAUGGAUGGUGUUUUUAUUCAAAAAUUAUAUGAACCUUACUUCAAGAUAUAUUUCUUUUUAAUAAGUGGUAUUUUAUGUUGUUUAAACUAUUGGACUUUAUUUGGAGGGUUGAUAGAAUUAUGUGGAGGAUUAUUUUAUGUUUAUCUUUUUUAUAAAGGAGAAUUAAUCAAAGCUUCUCAAUUUAUUGUUAGAGUGACUGAAGAUGAUAUUUCAAAGUUUGAUGGAAUUAAUGAACAAGAAGAAUAA